AUGCUGCUGCUGGUGCAGGAGAUGGAGUGUUACACUGGUGGCUGCACUGCGCUGUCGCGGGGCACGGAGCAACGUGUUCGGCGGCGGCUCAAGGUCCAAGAGAGGACCGCCGAGACGAUUCGAGCCAUCAAUCGCCUGGCAGGUUUUGACACGCCCGAGGUGGAGUCCGUCGGGGAGCUGACCGGCCCCUCCGCCCUGGUCUACAGCGACGUGCGGGCGCUUCACGCGGCUCAUGCCCCCGAGCCGGUGAAUUCGAUCAGUCCGCAGGAAGCCUUUCAUGAGCUUCUCGGGAGCACGCCCUCGUCGUACAUGGAUGGCGACGAGGAGGUGGCGCAGGUCCGGCAGGUCGAGGGCCUGCCGACGCUGCACGGCGACACAGUUUUGAAGGGGAAUCGCGACGCCUACAUCGGCUUCGUGAAGGAUGGCCUUGCUCGGGGGAUCUUCCGCCUGAGCCGCCGUCGGAAGGAAGCCGUCAAGGUCUUUUUCGUGAAGAAGAAGGACUCUAGCAUUCGGAUCGUUAUCGAUUGCCGACGGAGUAACCAACACUUUCGAGCCGCGCCGAAGGUCCACCUCUUCUCGGGCAGCAGCUUCGGGGAGGUCGAGGUCUCGGCGCACCAGCAGAUGUGGUACGCAGGGGGUGACGUUCAGAACGCCUUCUACCAGCACCAGUUGCCGUGCUGGCUGCAGCCCUACUUCGGCCUCGACUGCGUCCGGGCCUCGGAGCUGGGCGUUGCUGAGCUGGACGGCCAGGCCGUGCGGGGCGACCAGAUCCUGUACCCCCUGAUGAACGUGGUUCCGAUGGGGUGGAAGUGGGCCCUCUUCAUGGUGCAGCGGAUCCACGAGCAUGUUCUCGAUGGAGUUCCCGAGCUGGGGCCGCGGCGCCGAGCGGUCGACUUUCGGCCUCCGCCUCGAGUCGAGGACGGGGCGGUGCACACAGUGUAUGUGGAUAACGUGCUGAUCGAGGGGUUCGACCAAGCGGAGGUGACACGACUCCGUGAGGCUGCAUGCGCCGCGCUGCAGCAGGCGGGCUACGCCACUCACGACGAGUCCGACGCUGCGGCGAGCAUGGAGAUGCUGGGCGUCGAGCAGACCGGCUGUCCAGGACGCGUGCAGGUGUCCGCGAAGCGCUACUGGCGGUUGUGGCAGGCGCUGGAGUGGAUCCGGUCGGGCUAUCCACUGACGGACAAGCGGCAGAAGACCGAGCCAGACGUGGAGAGCCUCCGUCGUGCCAACCAGCCUCCUCCUGGGCAUCCAAUCCUGGGCUUGCUGGAGGCCAAGAGCGCGAGCCUCGACAAGGAGCAGCAGCUGCGGGAGCGUCGUGCCGCACGUCGGCAGGACGUUCACGGGCCGCUCCGGGACACGACGAGGGGACCAGGCAUCACCGAGGAGGCCUCGCUGACGCAGAAGACACGAGAUCAGUAUCAACGACUACUUCACGAUUUUCAGGAGCGGCAGCAGAUGCAGGACCUGAGUGUGCAUCCCGCCAUCCUGGACGCGCAGGUCGUGAUCUACUUCGACAGACUUUUUCUGGAGGGAAAGGCCCCAUCAACGGGGGAGAAGCUCGUCGCGGCCAUCCAGUACGUAGUGCCGAGCUACAACGCCAAGGGCAUGAUGACCUUGCCGCGGGCGACCAGGGCCCUGCGCGGCUGGCGCCGUCUGGUGCCGCGCCGCACUCGGCGGCCCUUGCCCUGGGAGGUAGUGACCGCCAUCGCGAUGGGGCUCCUCCGGGUCAACGGCCUGGGGAUGGCGCUCUGUUGGCUUCUCAUGGUGGACACAUACAUGCGACCGGGCGAGUGCCUCGACCUCCAGACAAGCCAGAUCCUACGAGGGAAUGCACAACAGCACAUGGAACGAGCUGCGAUCCUCCUGCACCCCGCCGAGAAGGGAAUGCCCAGCAAGGUCGGGGCCGUCGACGAGAGUCUGAUCAUCAACCGGACCUGGCUCUCAGAUGCCCUGACCAAGUACGCAGCGAGCCGGCCCCAGCGGGGGCCCCUGUGGGACUUCACGCUCAAGGAGUUGAACGCCGGCUUCCUCACCGCCUGCAUCCCCGCGGGCAUCAGCAGCCUGAAGCCGGUCCUCUACAUGGGCCGGCACUCGGGCGCCAGCCUGGACAGGCUGACCAACAGGCUGGACCUCGCCGAGGUGCAGCGUCGGGGCCGCUGGCGGACGGGAGCGUCGGUGCGACGCUACGAGAAGCGGGCGCUCGUGCAGGAGGUCUACAACGGGCUCGACCAGAGGUCCAAGGCCUACUGCAACAGGAGUGCCAGCGAGCUGGAGGCGGCGAUCGUUCGGGCCUGCGGCCACGUCAAGGGCAUCAGAG